AUGUCCUCUAUCAUAUCUCGCGUUCGGCGGAAUCCCGUAGGGAAUGUCCUCGUCGAUGUCUUUGACUGGUACCCGGCGCAUCUGCCAGCCGCCGAGCGCAAGCUCUUGCGAAAACUCGAUCUUAGCAUAUUGGUUUUUGCAAGCUUAAGCUUUUUCUGCAAAUACCUUGAUCAAUCCAACAUUACCAAUGCCUACGUAUCUGGAAUGAAAGAAGACAUCCAUGCCGAUGGCAACGCUCUCAACUACUUCACUGUGGCAUGGACCACUGCGUAUGUGAUUGGGCAAGUGCCGUUAGUGUCAUUACAGAGUCGACCUGGCAUUGCCCCGUAUUUCUUGCCCACUCUAGAAAUCAUAUGGGCGAUCCUCACAUUCUCUCAGAGCCGGGUGACCAAGCUUUGGCAAAUGUAUCUUCUUCGCGCUUUGGUCGGGUUUUUUGAGGCUCCAUCUUUUGCCGGGACGCAUCUCAUCCUUGGAAGCUGGUAUAAACCAGAAGAAUUAUUCAAGCGCGCUGGAACGUGGUUCAUGGGCAACUCCCUUGGAUCAAUGUUCAGCGGGUAUUUGCAAGCUGCAGCGUACAAAAAUCUCAAUGGAGUAAUGGGGCUCAGUGGUUGGCAAUGGCUCUUUGUUAUCGACGGUGUCAUCACACUUCCCAUUGCAUUUUUGGGCUUCGCAUUUUUCCCCGGUCUUCCAAAUUCUCGCAAGCCGUGGUUCUUCACGGUCGACGAAUACAAUCUUGCAAAGACUCGCCUCGGGCGGGACCACAAACAAGCAAGCCGCGAAGGCGUCUCGUUCAAGUCGAUCAAAAGGACUUUGACCCGGUCCAAGAUCUGGUACCUUUGUGUUGUGAUUUACAUUUGCCUGAUACAAGCGCAUUACUGGACGGGUUAUAUGGCGCUGUGGUUGAAGUCUGAGGCACCGAAGUAUUCAGUACCGCAGAUCAAUACGCUGCCAACGUUCAUCAACCUUAUCUCCGCCUUUUCCUCCUGGUUCGGCACAACCGUUGCGGGCAUUGUGUCGGUUUGGAAACUCUUUACGAUCCCGCAGAUCUUCUUGACCUUCAGUUUGAUCGUUCUUACGAUAUGGACCGUGCCGGAUGGCCUCAAGUUCUUCGCAUUCUAUUCCAGCGGCCUCUCAGGCAUGACGAGCCCCAUAUUGUACUCCUGGAUCAAUACAGUGCUUAGAGGGGAUACCGAAUCAAGGGCGUUCGUGUUCUCUUCGAUGAUGACGCUUGGCUAUUGCACCCAGAUAUGGGUUCCGUUGUUUACCUUCCCCACCGUCGAGGCCCCUCGGUUCCCCCACGGGUACCCGGCAUCGCUCGCGUUUCUUAUCGCGAUGUGGGUGUUGAUGAUGCUCGGGUGUUACUGGUGGAGGGCACCGGGCUCUGCGAACAUACCCAGAACCGAGGAAGACCCGGAGGAGUUCAAGGGAGAUUCGUACAGCGAAGGAAGUUUGGAGGAAGGGAAAGAUGAAGUGGAACUUGACAAAUCGAGCUUGGACGCAGAGCCAGCACUGCACGGUGAACAUGAUGAGCGGAAGUAG